CACACGCAGACUUGCAGGAAACCUCAUGGCGCUCGCAUGGCACCGCGGAUACCUCGCCCUUGUAGGGCCGCAAGUAGACGAGAUCGCCAGGGCGGAGAUCUCGAAAAUGAAGAGCUCCAUGACCGCGCAGCACACGGCCCAUCUCCUCGAACCAUGCUCUACUUUCCACAUUACUGUAUGCACGAAGGAGGAGCUUCGCGACAGCGCAGUCAAGGAUGCCCUUCCGUCCCUCGAUUCCGUCGACACCCGCCACCUGCAUGUCCUCGGCGUUGGUGGUAACGUCAAGCUUGGUGUCUUCUUCGUGGUCAUCGUUUGGGCUGCCGGGAAAAUUUUCCGCAAGCGGGUCGGCCUGAAGCCGAAGCAAUUCCACAUCACUCUCUCACCGCAUGACGACCAUGGCAUCGACAAAGGCCCUGGCUCCAUUCUGUCGGAAAACGAGAAUCCUGCCGCGAAUCUGCUUGGGAACAACCCCGAUCUCCUCGACCACCUCGCUUUCACGCUCCAUCUGGAAGGCAUGUAUGACCGUGCGAGGGCUGCAGCCGUUGGCCUGUGCAAGAUCAUGCCGACGUCCGAACGUGGAUUCCUCAGGUUAGGCGAUGUAGCGAUCAAGGACGAGCAGCAUAAACUCGCCAUGCUGGCGUAUGCCUGCGCUUUCGAACGCUGCUCCGAGGCGAAGGCCUCGGAAUACUGCUUGAAGAGGAUAGCGGAGUGCUCACUGUACAGCGAGUGGGGCUGCGCUUUCACCGACGCCGAGCGUUCCCAGCUCGAUGGCGCCCCGCCCCAGUUGCUCGAACCGUGGUCUGCUGCGCUCCGCCUAGAGCUGAUCGGGCGGGAGCUCCAAGCCCUCCCGUCCCUCUGCAGACUCGCGCGCACACCGAUUUACAUUCCUCAUCCUACGCGCACCGACACCCUCUCAGAAUCAUUCUAUCGCCUCCCCCGUUGGUUCCGGUGGCUCGUUCCUUUCCACAUCGCACUGAUGUCCACGCCGCGCGAUGCUGCUGACAUCGAGGCGCUCGCAUCUCCUUAUCUCGGUAUUCGCCAUGUCCUGACGCUUACAGAGGAAACGCCCCUCAGCCCCCUCUGGUUCGCUCGGAAUAACGUACGCAAUACUUUCCUGCCCGUGCUGAAUUACUGCCCUCCUACCAUCGAGCAGAUGGACCUAAUCCUCCGGAUGCUAGAAGAAGAGCGCAAUACGCCUAUGCUCAUUCACUGUGGUGGAGGCAAAGGUCGCGCAGGGACAGUGGCAGCGUGCUAUCUCGUCGCAUACGGCUUCGCCAAGCCAGACUCGACCAGGACAGAGCCCACGAUGACCGCCAAGGAGGCCAUCGCCGCUCUGCGCGCGAUCCGCCCUGGGAGCAUCGAGACGCAGCAGCAAGAAGAGUUCGUGGCCAAGUACUGCAGCGCAAUUUGGAAGCGCCACGCGGUCUUACCUGACCUUGUGCCCGAGCCGCCACCUAGUCCGCUGGAGAGCGAAGGUUCGCUGCCAAAGGACGCCGAUCUGUUCGUGCUCGUCGGACUCCCCGGCUCGGGCAAGACGACAUUCUCGCGUGCACUGAUGGCCCGCGACCCGCACGGCUGGACGUACAUCUCCCAGGACGAGGCGGGCAGCCGUAGCGCGUGCGAGACGGCGAUUGGGAACAUGCGCGGGGGUCGCGUGCUCCUGGACUGCUGUAACGUCUCGCGCUCUGGGCGGAAGGAGUGGCUCGCGCUCGCCUCACACUGGGCCAAGUCCCCCGUGUGCGUGUGGUUCGACUAUGACAGGGACCUGUGCGUGUCACGAGCGCAGAAUAGGGCCGGACACCCGACGCUCCCUCCGGGCAACAGGGUGCGGAAUGCCAUGGAGCAGAUGCACACUACGUUCGUCAGGCCGGCUCUCGCGGAAGGCUUCAAAGCGAUCUUCACCAUUCGCUCGUUCGCGGCCGCUGAAGAGCUGGUAUCCCGCCUCUCGCCUCCCGUCGGGCUGUCGAAGUUCCCGCGUACCGCACACCUCCUCGACCUCGGCUCUGCGACCACCGACGACAUCGUCAGCAACAUCCCUGACGUCGGAGAUGGGCACGUCGUGAUCACUGAGAAGGUGGACGGCGCGAACAUGGGUUUCUCCCUCUCCGCCGACCGCACCCAGAUCCUCGUUCAGAACAGGUCACACUACGUGAACCCUGCGUCGCACGAGCAGUUCCGACGGCUCGGGCUCUGGGUCGACAGGCACCGUGCGGACCUGAUGAAGGUGCUCGACCGCGACCCGUUCUUUGCCCAACGAUUCGUCCUCUUUGGGGAAUGGCUCGUCGCGACGCAUUCGAUCCCGUACAGCCGUCUGCCCGACUGGUUCAUGGCCUUCGACCUGUACGACAGGUCGACGGACUCGUGGGCGGAUCGACGGGCGUUGGAGACUCUCCUAGCAGACACUGACAUUCGGACAGUGCCUGUCGUGCAUCGGGGACGAAUGCCAAGCGAGGAAGAGUUGAGGGAGAUGGUGCAGCGCCCGUCGCUGUUCUAUGAAGGGCGCGUGGAAGGCGUGUACGUGAAGGUGGAGAAGAAGGGUCGUGUUGUCUCGCGCGGCAAGGUUGUGCGAUCCGACUUUAUUGCUGGGAAUGAGCAUUGGUCGAGAGGCCUGUUGAGGCUGAAUGCGUUGGAAUUGUAGACUGACUCUUCGAUUUGACCCCGACAGUGGACUCAGUCCUGUCGAUCCCCCUUACUUCAACUCUUCGCGUCGUUUCCGCCUCUGUUUGUUUUGACACAUCGUACCACUUGCUGCAUUAAUGGUGAUUUGGAUGCAUUGGUGCUUGCUGGUUACCAUCGUUCGGGUUACAGAACGUUGAGUGCCCAAGACGUACAGAGCGGUUAUCUAAUCAUUGAGAUUAGAAGUUCGAUAGACAAUCUCUCACCGAUGGCUCGAUUGGUUAUAAUCCUCGCACUUGGUUUUCGCACCCACCUCAACCUA